AUGUAUCCAUUAAUUGCAGCUCUUACAGUCAACUUAUACCCUAAUGCUCAAGAUCUUGAUCUGACUUUAGACUUUAAUUCUGAUGAUACUGCAUUUAAUGAAGACCUUGAAUAUGUAGAUGAUGAGGAAGAAAUCAUAAUAG